GAAAAUUAGGCCUUCUUCAGUAAGUGGCUGAGUUUUAGAAGGUGCAUGACUUGUUUCCAGCAGGCCUAAAAGGUUCUCUAUUGGUCAAAUCUAUCUGAAACUGACUGGAAAAUCUACUGUUUUUUUUAGCAGCUAUAAAUGGUCUAAAAUAGAUUUCAUUUGUCGUUCGUAUCCAUGACUGUGGACGGCGAUUGCUUUCCUUGAUUUUGUUAAGUGAUUGUUGACAAAAAUACACUAUGACAGUUAGGGCAAAUUCUGCUCUUUUAGGAUUGUUUCUAAUUGGCCAUGUGUUGUCUACACAUAACAAUGGUAAGUUGUUGCGUACAAACAAAAACUAUCACGCAACGCCGGCCGAGUUUCACGAGAUGAUUGACUUCAUCCUUCGUUCCAUCAACAAUCACGGCAAUCUUCAAGAUCUUCUAAAGAAGUCUUCGUCCUUCACAACUAGCGUCAUGUACUGCCCAUUCAUGAUGUACCUAUAUGAGCAACUGCGAUCAAAUCCGAAAUUUCCAAGCCGAAACCCGAUAAUGGCCAUCAUUCGUAACUUCUUUGAUGAUUUUGAUCAAGAGAAGUGUCCCUUCAUGAGGAGUUUGCAGCCUAAUAUUUUCGCGGGCACUUACAAAACACUGCUGAAAUCAAAGGUGACGGGGAUGCAUGGGCUUGUGAAUAAGAUCUUCGAGGACGUCGAAGACGAAUUUUUUAAUCUAAGGAGUAAAAAUCAUGCAGGAGAAGCAAUCUACAAACGCAGCGUUCCUGAAGAGUUGCUGGAGGAGCUAAGUUCACCGGUAACGCAGAAGCCCGUCUCUGAGCUGGACGUGGUCGUCGAUGCGAAGAAUUUGGUUGCAUUCGUGCACCAUGAUGACGACGAACUGCACCACGAAAUACCGACGCAGGAAGAGGACGAAUUAGAAGAGGAAGACGAGGAAGGAUAUAGUUACUCAGAUUUCGACAAUAAGAGAAGACCGCUUGUGCUCGAAGCUCGUAACAAUAACAAGAUACUUGUAGCGAUUUACUUGUUCGGCCACUUCAUCCUCUUGUUCCUCUUGAUUGUCGCCUGGUCCUAUUGGCAGUCCUGCCUGAGGGAGGACGACAAUGACCAGGAAGAAGCAGCGGACGGCGAUCGGAUCAGGAGGGCCAAUCGGGAGCCACAUGCGCCGGAGGAGGGGGAGGCCUUACUCAACGUUCUGGUUGCUGGUGCUGGUGCUGAUGCUGAUGAUGGUCCUGGUGAUGGUGCUGGUGAUGGUGCUGGUGCUGAUUAUGGUCCUGAUGAUGGUGCCGGUGCUUAUGAUGGUGCUGAUGAUGGUGAAGAUGCUGCUGGUGCCUGUGCUGGUGCUGAUGAUGGAGCUGGUGCCGGUGUUGGUGUUGGUGCUGAUGAUGGAGCUGGUGCCGGUGCUGGUGCUGAUGAUGGAGCUGGUGCUGGUGCUGACGUUGGCGCUGUUGACAAUGCUUUUUUAGGUGCCGUUGGUGUCGCUCGAAUUCGUGGUGGCCAAGCUUCCGGUAUUCGUGUUCGUGGUGGCCAAGCUUCCGGUAUUCGUGUUCGUGGUGUGCAUGAUCACGGUUCACAUGGUCGUGGUGCACAUGGUCGUGGUGCACAUGGUCGUGGUGCACAUGGUCGUAUUACUCGUAGUCGUGACGCAAUUGGUCGUGAUGCCAUUGGUCUCAGUGCGCUCGGCCGUGAUGUGCUAGGCUCCGCUGCUAUAGGCGGCGAGGCCCUUGAAGAUAGAGUGGAAAUUGCUGAGGAGCAGUUAUAAUCAAUAAUAUUGUUCGCAAACUUGUAAUAAAAUGUUCUUUUUAGCAAAUAUAUACUCCCAACUUGGGAUUUUCUGCGACCUGAUUUGUUUUUGAUUGUAAGAACGCUGCGAAUCUAAUAGAAAAUAGCGAUAUCAAUAAAUCACGCUUCCACUCAGCGAAAACUCAAAAUUGUCAAUAGAAGUAUUGCUAUGUAUGAUCUAUGAUCAUGCAUAUCAAUGUGAUCAUUUAUAAAUCAGGUACUGCAUGAUUUCCCAAUAAUCUGAAUUUUAUUUC